UGAGGGGGCGACGGAUGGAUUAUCGUUUAUCAUUAGAUUAAAUUAAUAAAAUUACAAGUGAAAGAGCCGCAUCAGAUCAGAUCUAACCCAAAAGUUAAAAUAGAAUCAAAGAAAAGGAGUUACGUGUUGGGAAAUGGAGGGGCAAGCGCAUCCGUACGUGCCCACAGAUCUGAAACUGGAGGACUACGUCCCUGUAUUUCUCUCACAGUCGACAAUCCUUGCCGUCUUCGGAACCUCGUCCCUUGUCCUCGUCUCCCUCGUCUGGUUCAUUUCUGGAAGUUCGCGUAAAGCAGCUAAAAUUGAUAGAUGGUUGAUGUGCUGGUGGGCCUUCACUGGUCUCACACACAUUAUCCUAGAGGGUUAUUUUGUUUUCUCCCCUGAGUUUUACAAGGAUAAGACUUCUUUUUAUCUUGCUGAAGUUUGGAAAGAAUACAGUAAAGGUGAUUCAAGAUAUGCUGCAAGAGAUUCUGCAGUAGUGGCUGUGGAAGGAUUGACCGCAGUUUUAGAGGGUCCAGCAAGUCUUCUGGCAGUCUAUGCUAUUGCUGCUGGGAAGUCGUAUAGCUACAUACUUCAGUUUGCCAUUUCACUCGGGCAGCUUUAUGGAACUGCUGUAUAUUUCCUAACUCCCUACUUGGAUGGCUAUAACUAUGCAUCGAGUCCAUAUUACCAUUAUGCAUACUACAUCGGUGCUAAUGCUUCCUGGGUUGUUAUACCAUCACUCAUUUGUAUCCGUAGCUGGAAGAAGAUAUGUGCAGCAUUUCAAGUGCAAGGCCAGAGAAAGACCAAAAGUGGUUGAGGUAGACACAGCAUCUCACUUCAAGACUCCAAUGAGAAUAUGUAAUCCUGAGCAUAUUCAUUUCCUGCUUUUGGUAAUUUAUGCAAUCACUUUAUGUAGUCUUGAAAAAAAGAAUUUGGGAGUGAAUAAAUUUGAAGUAGGUAAUUAAGGUUAA